CGACGGUGAAAGACCAUUGCGAAGACCUGCAACUGUUUAGAUACUCAAAACAUGCAAAUAGCAUCUGAGAGUGUAUUUAACGAGAGCAGGGUUUUUGCAUGAAGAGUCUGUGGAGAAAAAGCCGCAUUAGGUCACUGGGGCUGGCUGUGAGAAAUGCAGCUGAAGUGAGUGCGCUCACGACGAGUGUGUGUGUUUUUAAGGACUGCUAGACUGGGAAUAUACUUUCCGUGAUGGACGCUUUUGAAGGAAUCCAUCGUGUGCAGCUCUCCUCCUCUCCUCCUGCACGCUCCAGGUCUGUACCAGGGUACGAGGUGCUGGUGGCAGGGAAUUCUGGGAUAGCUGUAUACUCGUCACCUACAUUCUUUGGCAAAGGUGAUUUUACAGAUCAGCAUACAGCAGAGGAAGAGAGAUGCCCGGUUGGGAGGUUGGUAGACCUGGAGCCAGAUCCGAGGCCUGGACUGGGGGGUGAUGGAGGGCAGCGGGAGAAGAUGCCCCCGGAGGAGGCAGGAGCACACAGACGAGAGACGUACAACAUGUCCCGUCUGCGGAGUUCCUCUCUGGAGAUCAAGGAGAAGGGAACAGAAUUCCUCCGAGAGCAGCUGGAUGCUGCACAAAAGGAGCUGAAGUUGAAAGACGAGGAGUGUGUCAAACUGUCUCAUGUCAGGAAUCAGCUGGAGCAGGAAUUGGAGGAAUUGACCGCCAGUCUAUUUGAGGAGGCCCAUAAGAUGGUGCGAGAGGCCAACGUGAAACAAGCGGCAGCUGAGAAGCAGCUGAAGGAGGCUCAGGGCAAGAUCGACGUCCUGCAGGCGGAGGUCUCCGCUCUGAAAACCCUGGUGUUGACCUCUACGCCCUCCUCCCCGAACCGCCAGCUCCACCCUCAGCUGCUGUCGCCGGGCUCCAGUCGGGCCUCGUCUCGUCCCGGGGGCCACACGCGCAACAAGAGCGCCAGCGGUGCUCUACAGCUGCAUACGGAGCCCACGCUGACAGAUGCAGCGACAAACCGGGAGGAAAAAGAGUUGGACUCUGUGUUGUUCGCUGAGUUCCUCUCGUGGAAGGAGGCGCCCGGUCUGGAUCGCUCCUCAGCGUUCAUCAGCAGGGUGUACAGAGAAGAUGUCGGCCCAUGUCUUUCGUUCACCUGCUCUGAGCUGUCUCAGUCGGUCCAGUGCGCAGUGGAGAAUAACUCUCUCACCAUCGAGCCCGUCGCCAUGUCGUCUCUGCACACGGUCAAAGCCCUCGAAUGUGGAGGACCCAACGGUUGCCGGACACCCAUAGAAACUAAAUGUGCGUUGAGCGGCAUGUCCCGCCCCUGCCGACAUCGCAUCAAACUGGGAGAUAAAGAGAAUUACUACUAUAUAUCUCCGUCUAGCAGAGCACGAAUCACAGCCGUGUGUAAUUUCUUCACUUACAUCAGGUACAUCCAGCAGGGCCUCGUCAGACAGGAAGUCCAGCAGAUGUUUUGGGAAGUGAUGCGUCUGCGGAGAGAGAUGAGUGUGGCCAAACUGGGAUAUUUCCUGACGGAGGAGAGCUAGAGAACCAGCACACCAACACAAAUACAGCACGGUCAUCUCAACUGUCACUCAAACACUCCCAUGCUGGUGUGUUCCAGCUCCAUAUUCAUGUAUGUAUUCAGGGAAGCACUACCGAAGAACUCCCAGAACACUAGCACUCCCUGAGCCCACGGAUAACAGCCGCACACUUUCACUCUCCUCAGGCUGUGUGUUGUUCUGGCUUUGGGAAAGACUGAAUGCAGUAAAAAUGUGCCACUUUGUUAACACUUGAGGUAAAUGUUUACAAAACAUUCAUACAACAGUCAACAACAGGACGUUUUUUCCAUUUACUUUUUAAAAAGUUUUUCUCUCACACUUCUGACUUUUUUUUCUCAUCAUUGUGAGUUUACAUCUCGCAGUUCUGCUCUUAUUUUUUUGGAAUUCCAAUUUACAUCCCACAGUUCUGAAUUUCUCUCAGAAUUCUAUUUUUCUGUUUUUGCCACACAAUAAAAAAAAUGUAAAAAGGUAACUGACUUUUUAUCUCACACUUCUCAAUUUUGUCUUGCAGUUUUCAAGUUUAUAUCCCACAAUUUUGACUAUGCUUCUCAGAAUUGCUAUUUACAUCUUGCAUUUGAGUGUUUGUCUGCAAAGAAGAAUUUUCUCAGAAUUGCAAGAAAAAAUUUUCAGUUGUGAGAUAUAAACACAAUUACAAUUUUUUUUUUUUUUUAAUUCUGUGGCAGAAAUAAGCUACCAAACCGACAUUUAACUUGCCAUUUGCAAAAAAAUUCAGAGUCAUCCAUUAAACGCAUGAUGGCAGAGUUCAUAUCUCUAAUGUUUUCAGCUCAUCUAGUGUUCCUCAGUUCAGGAACAUAUCAACAGACAUCGAGUUUUUAUUUUAUUUUAGAAAGAUAGUAAAAUAAUUGGCUUGUAUUUGAUGAAGUCUCAUGUUGUUUUCGCUCUGGUCAGAACAUAAAAAGGUUGAUAUUCCCACGUCUCGUAUGUUCCUCCAAAUCUUUUAACAACAGUUCAUUACCAGUUUGACGAAGGCGUGAAUGCUUACACUAGUCUGAAACUCAUAAUUAUAGUAAUUCCAACGAUAGAAUCAGUUCUGGAGUUCUAGAGCAGUGCUAGAACUUCAUCUGAAGGUACUGCACCAUCUUGUGCAAUGCAUAUACACCACUAAGGCGCUUUGUGUCCCAGUGAUUUCUGUGCACAUUAACGGUUUACAGCUUUGAAUGGACAAUCCUCCAGAGACCUUUUCUAUGCAAGUGUCAAGAAAAGUGGCGUGUGAGUCUCUGUUACUGGCACUCCUGCACGCAGCAGCACAUAUGUUAUGGAUGCUUAACCAUCGUACACAAGUUAUGGUACUUGUACCAUGAUGCAUCGCACUCUUAUAGAUUAUAACCGUUGCAUGAUUGACAAUCGCUGUCUUACGGCACGAAUACAGUGUUUACAGUGUAGAACUCGCUUGUGGUGGACUGUCAUCAUAUUUGAUUUGAUAUGUGUGAAAACAUGCUUUCAGUAGUUUUUUUUUUGGAAAUAUAUUGUUAAGGUUUUGUCAGCCUUGUUUUCAUUCGUGACACAUUAAAUAUGGCGUCUACCCUCAGGUCUGUUGCUUUAGUUAAACCUGCUCCUCAUGUUAAAAUGACCUUUAAACUCCAUUAAAAGCAUCUU